AUGGCAGAAGAAGGAAAGAAGAUUUCCUUCGGUUUUGCGAAAUCUAUUAAGAAACCUGUGUUAAAAAAUGCUAUUCCACAAGAGAAAAAGAAAGUUGAUUACAUUGAAUGCCUUGAUGAGAAAGGUAUUAAAGUAAUAGGUGAGGAAGAAAAAAAAGAUGAACCUCUAAUUAUUCCAUCACUAGGUUCAAAAACCUGGCAUGAUAGAAUUCUUAAUAAAAUAGAUGCAGACAUUUUCCUUCCGAAGGCAGAUAAGGAAAAGGUAGGAGACGCUAGUGUUAACGAGGCAAAAUCAAAGCUAUCUAAUGGAAAAACAUCGCCAAUAAUAUCAAUAAAGAAAGAGCCAGUUGAAGAUAGUGAAAAUAAAGUUGUUACUUUAGAAGAGCAAGCGACGAAAGAAAUCGUUGAGGAACUUAAGUCAAAGAAUAAAUAUGAAACUAAAACAAAUGAUUUAACUUUACCUUUAGUAGAAGAUGAAUCAUUAAGAGGCAAAGAACAGUCUACGUUAGAAGAUUAUGAAAAAAUUCCUAUUGAUGCUUUUGGUGUAGCAAUGUUAAGGGGAAUGGGAUGGCAACCAGGAAAGGGAAUUGGUUGAAAUGAAAAAUUAGUAGCAGCUGUCAUACCAGAAUUACGACCAAAAGGUAUGGGUCUUGGAGCAGACAAAGUAGCAUUGCAGAAGAAAAAUACAGAUUCCAAAAAAGAAGAGGAAGAAGUUAAAAUCGAGAAAGGAAUAUUUGUGAAAAUUAUAGCUGGAAAACAAAGUAAUAAUUAUGGUCAAGUAGAAGGAUUCGAUGAUGAUGCAGGAAGGCUCAUAAUAAAACUAGCUCUUGGUGGAAAUAUAAUAUCUGUAAAUGAAUUUAUUGUACAGCCAGUGACUAAAUCAGAAUAUUCUAAGAACUCAAAAGUUCUAAGUUAGUAUGAAGUGUUAGUUUUUCAUUAAGGGACUUUUAAGAAAAUAAAUUUGAAUUGACAUAUACAUAUAAAGAUAUAAUCAGACAUGUAGAAAAACUAAUUCAAGAGUACCUGUA